UUUACUUUUAUUAUUAUUAUCUUUUAGGGUUUUUAAUUUUGUGUUUUUGUAAUUCAGUCAGAAAUGUUAUUGGGUCGAUUCACUAGUACAGAAAUGAAGCUUUUAUUGCACAAUCAAAUGCUUUCUUCUUUCAUGGCGGCAGUGAAGGCCUUUACGCUUCCAAAGUUGUUGAUUCCUCUUCUUCAUCUUCUUCUCCUGAUAAGCCUGUCAAGGGCAAGUCCUUUCUUAGGUUUGAAACUGUUACAUUUGUGAGGCCGAGGGAGUCUGCUAGGAAGAAGAAUGAGAUGCAGCAGAAAACUGGAUUGGUGGAGGCUAUCAUACUUGAGGUUAAAGAUAGGGAAAGAAUUGGAGGUUCAUUUCUAAAAUUGGAUACCAUAUGUUGCAUGAAGAAUCUUUCUAGGGAUGGGUAUUGCAAUAUUGGAGAGGUUAUUAUUCACAAAAAUCUGGACAACCCCGACUGGCCUAAACGCGUACAAACUUUCUUUGAGGGAACCAACGAAGAAGCUCAAAUGUCUCCUGAUGAUAUUGUUUAUAUAGAUAGAACUGGAAUGUACUACCUCUAUUUUAUGUUUUGUGAUCCAGAACUCAAGGGUACUUUGGUUAAAGGAAAAAGUGUGUGGAAGAACCCAGAUGGUUAUUUACCAGGAAAGAUGGCUCCUUUGAUGACAUUCUUUGGCAUAAUGUCUUUGGCUUACUUGGUGCUUGGCCUAGCAUGGUUUUUUAGUUUUGUCCAAUUCUGGAAGAAUAUUAUGCAGUUGCACUAUUACAUCACCGUGGUUAUUGCUCUUGGAAUGUGUGAAAUGUCUUUCUGGUACUUUGAUUAUGCCAAUUUUAAUUCAACUGGGAGCAGACCCAUGGGGGUUACAUUGUGGGCCGCAUCGUUUACUUCUGUUAAGAAGACUCUGUCUCGCCUUCUUCUGCUUGUGGUCUCUAUGGGCUAUGGUGUUGUCAAGCCAACCCUUGGUGGUUUAACCUCGAGAGUUGUUCUUCUUGGUUUGGUAUAUCUUGUUGCAUCAGAGGCCCUUGAGCUCUUUGAAAAUUUGGGAAACAUCAAUGACUUUUCUGGAAAAGCAAAGUUAUUUUUGGUGCUGCCUGUUACCUUUCUGGAUUCCUGCUUUAUUCUGUGGAUCUUCUCAUCACUCUCCAAAACUUUGGAGAAACUUCAGAUGAGGAGAAACAUGGCUAAAUUGGAGCUGUACAGAAAGUUUACCAAUUCUCUUGCCGUGUGUGUGCUACUCUCUAUAGCUUGGAUUGGAUUUGAGGUAACUGGGUGUUGUUGCAAUUUAAAAACUCUGUAGUGCUUUGUGGUGUAC